CACAACCAGAGCCUUUGCCCUCUUUUAAUUAUCUACAUCUUCUCCCUUUUUCACUUUUUUCUCCUUAGACUCCCGGACGGUGGUAAUUAAGAAGAAGAGAAUAAAAGCAGCUGAUCCGGGGAGGGGUGGUGCAUUUUGCAGCGAGAUGGCUCACAGAGAGGUUCUGUGGCUGUUGUGUGGACUCUUCCUUCUAUCAGUGAUUCAGCUUUCUCUUCAAGGAGGUGUGUACAUACCACCUGGUGCUGGAGUUGGACCUGGAGCAGCGGGCUUCUAUCCAGGGUCUGCUGCAGGAGUCCCACCGGGCUACAAACCGGCCAAACCUGCAGUUCCAGGUUAUGGAGGUGGAGGUGGAGGACAAGGCCUGGUUCCUGGAGGAGUAGGGCCUGGAGGACUACUGCCUGGAGGAAUAGUGCCUGGAGGAGUAGUGCCUGGAGGAGUAGUGCCUGGAGGAGUAGUGCCUGGAGGAGUAGUGCCUGGAGGAGUAGUGCCUGGAGGGGUGGUGCCCGGUGGACAGGGAUAUGGAGGGCAAGGUGGAAAACCCCCAAAACCAGGAUAUGGCAACCUUGGAGUGGGUGGAUUUGGCGGAGGGGGUCUUGGAGCUGGCGGUCUUGGAGGAGGCGGUUAUGGAGCAUACGGAGGGGGCGCUGGCGGGAUCUACCCAGGAGCUGGCCAGAAAGCUGCAAAAAGAGGUGCAGGGGGAGGAUUUUUACCUCAAACAGGAGCUGGAACUGGACUUGGUCCUGGGGCAACUGGAGCACAUAUAAAUCCUCAGACAGGCCUUCCUGGCGUGACGACUGGUGGAACAGGAAAAAAAGCAGCUAAAGUGCCAGGUGUUGGCAUACCUGGACUCUACCAAGGGGGGUUAGUCCCUGGACAAGGCUUUGGGGGACGUGGAGUUCUUCCUGGAGUACCCACUGGGACUGACCUGAAUCAAAAAUCGAUUGCAGGAGGAGCAGGAGGAGGACAAACCGGAGUUGGACCAGGUGGUCGUGGAUAUGGUCAGACUGGAUUGUUCCAUGGAUAUCCUCUUAAAUCACCUAAAGUGCCAGGGGCAUAUGGAGCAAAACCCGGAGGAGGCAAACAGCCCUUUGCUUAUGGGGGGUUUGGCAAUACUGGAGCUGGACUUCCUGGAGGAAAGAGUAGUUCUGGAACAAUACCUGGAUACCCUGUUGGGACAGGGGUAGUACAGGGCGGUGUCGGUGGCACAGGUGGACUUAUACCAGGAGGAGGAGGACAGCUUGGAACAGGCGGGCUGGGAGGAGGAGGUUAUGUUGGGACAGGGGCAGGCCCUGGUGGAGGUGUGGGUGGUGGGCAAUACUCAGCAGCUUACAAAGCUGCUAAAUAUGGAGCAGGGGGUCAAGUGGGAACAGGUGGAUUGGGAGGAGGAGGUUUUGGUGGGAUUCCUGGCAGUGGCCCUAGUGGUGCAGUGGGUGGUGGGCAAUACUCUGCUGCUUCCAAGGCUGCCAAAUAUGGAGUAGGAGGACACGUGGGAACAGGACCAGGAGGACAAGGAGGUUAUGGUGGUGGACUUCCUGGUGGUGGACUCCCUGGUGGUGGACUCCCUGGUGGUGGACUCCCCGGUGGUGGACAAUACUCUGCUGCUGCCAAAGCUGCUAAAUAUGGUGCAGGAGGACAGGUGGGAACAGGGCCAGGAGGACAAGGAGGUUAUGGUGGAGGACUUCCUGGUGGUGGACUCCCUGGUGGUGGACUCCCUGGUGGAGGACUCCCUGGUGGAGGACUCCCUGGAAGAGGACUCCCUGGUGGCGGACAAUACUCUGCUGCUGCUAAAGCUGCUAAAUAUGGUGCAGGAGGACAGGUGGGAACAGGACCAGGAGGUUAUGGUGGCGGACUCCCUGGUGGUGGCCUUCCUGGUGGCGGACUUCCUGGUGGCGGACUCCCUGGUGGCGCACUCCCUGGUGGUGGACUCCCUGGUAGCGGACUUCCUGGUGGUGGACAAUACUCUGCUGCUGCCAAAGCUGCUAAAUAUGGUAUAGGAGGACAGGUGGGAACAGGACCAGGAGGAGGUUAUGGUGGUGUACUCCCUGGUGGCGGACUCCCUGGUGGCGGACUCCCUGGUGGCGGACUCCCUGGUGGUGGACUCCCUGGUGGAGGGCUGGGCGGUGGACAAAUCUCUGCUUCCAAAGCUGCUAAAUAUGGAACAGGAGGACAGUUGGGACCAGGAGCAGGGGUUGGAGGUUUUGCUGGGGCAGGAAGAGUGCCUGGCGUGGGCCCUGGUGGAGGACAAUACUCUGCUGCUGCCAAAGCUGCAAAAUAUGGUGUUGGUCCAGGAGGAACUGGAUUUUUUCCAGGUGUACAAAAUCCAGCAAGAAGUCCCUAUGUACCUGGUUAUGGAUCCUUGGCAUCUGGGGUAAAACCGCCAAAGUAUGGAACAGGUGUAACUGGAGGUGGAGUCCCUGGAGGAGCUGGACAAGUUUUUCCUGGCACUGGAUAUGGAAAUGUUGGUGCCGGGACAGGAGGAGGAGGUCCCUUUGGAGGUGGGCAGUAUUCUGCUGCAGCAAAAGCUCAAAAAUAUGCCACAGGGCUAGCAACGGGAGGGGGAGGAGUACCUAGUGGUGUAGGACAACAACAUCUUGCAUCUGCAAAGGCUGCUAAACAUGGCUUGACAGGGGGCCCUGGAGGAGUUGUACCUGGUGUUGGUCCAGGAGUGUAUCCAGAUGGUGCAAAACCACCCAAACCUGGUCUCACAGGAUCAGGGCUCACGGUUCCAGGAGCUACUCCCAGUUCAGGACUUGGUGGACUGCCACAUGGCUCUGUAGUUCCAGGUGGUACAAGUCGCCCCGGUGGAGCGGAAGUAACUGAUGUGGCUACCACUGGAACACCUAGACCAGGUUCAGGAGUUGCCGGUGGGGUUGUUCAGCCAAGUACUGGAACAAGUGUUGGUGGCGCUGGUGUCCUGACACCCCCUCGUGGUGAUACACCAGGCCAGGGUCAGCCAGUUGCUCCCGUACAACAACCUGGAGUAGGUGUAGGUACUGGGGUCAAAGCACCAAAACCAGGUGUUCCAGGUCUCCCUCAAGGAGGAGGGGUAUAUCCUUAUGCUGGGCCAUAUUCAGGACCUUAUGGCAGUGGGUCUCAAGUGCCUGGAGCCAAGCCUUUAAAACCUCCAGUGGCUGGUGGAACUGGAGGUGGAAUUGGAAUACCAUUGACAGCUGGUGGUUAUCAAGGAGGACAGUUGGGAGCAGGAGCUGGAGCUAAACCACCCAAACCAGGUUAUGGAAAUCUUGGAGGAGGUGGGACAUAUCCUGGAGCCGUAGCUCCUGGUGUCCAAGGCUAUGGAGCAGGUUAUCCACAGUAUUUUCCAGGACGUGGAUUAAAGCCCUGCGCUCUUCCAGGUCAAGGUAAUGGUGGAUAUGUACCUGCUCCACUGACUCCUCAGCAAGCUAAAGCCGCAAAGUAUGGUGCUCUUCAAGGUUUCCUUGGGGGUGGUGGAGGAGGUGUCUACAGAGGUUCGGCCACAGGGUGCCAGGGAAAAUACUGUGGGAGGAGGAAGUAGAGGAUCUCUAAAGAAUUAGAGUGACCUCAAUAACAUGGUGCUACUGCAUGAAUGAGAAUGUACAUUUUUAUAUAAAAACAAAACAACCCCAUAUUAAAAUGUAAAGAUGUUUUUACUUGACUAUGAGGGAGUCCUUGUUCAAACCCACCGACUUAGAAUUUUUGCCUACUUCAGUGUUUAGCUGUUGUGCCUUUAGGGACUCUGAUGACCCCAUCUCUGGGGCUUAUCUUUUUGGAGUCUUGCUUUUCUUUAUUUAUGUGUGUGUGUGGGACCUGUGUUUUACGUCUACAGCUGAAGAGUGAAACUCUCUUGGUGUUUGGAGCUUCCACUUUAGUCCUGGAGCUCUGGACGAAGCACAGUGUCUGUUGUGGCUGAUAUGUCACACAGUUUAUCAUAGACUGCCCAAAUCUGAUGAAGUCCUGCCACUCUCCCAUAUCUGCAGCUAUUUUUAGGCCUGCCUGGUCUAAAGCAGUGGGAAACAAGGUUUGGGCCAACCCAUCUGCUCUGAAACUCCACUCAUUUGGUUGCUAAGCACUUCAUCUUCUUCAGCAAUAUUCACAACUUGUGCUGUAUCAGUAGCACUUGUUAUUGUUUCAGUGCUGGAAUCAGACAUUAUUAUUCAGUAAUAGAUUCUGUGCAGAAGUCCUCAGAGUUUUACUCUUCAGUUGGCUGCAUUGUGUAUGAAUGUGGGCUUUCAAACAAUAUUUUCAGUAGACCUAAUUAUUUACCCUCAUGUAACUUUAUAUUGUUGUUUCACAUUUCUGCAUCAAGCUUUGAGUCAUAGCUUAUCGUUAUCAGGAAUAUGUGAAUAUAACAUCUGUUCUGAAUAUACUGUAGGCUACAGUAUGUAUUGCUCAUAGAAUCAUACAGAAUUGGCUACUUUAUCGCCAUGUUUAAAAAGCACAUGUUCCCAUUGGUUUAUUUACUUGAUGUGUAAUUGAAGAAAGCUUUGCUGACCAAAGGUUAAUAAGUGCUGUUGCCAAGUGACAAUGUUUCUAAAGAUGUGUACUGUAUUUUGUACUAAUUUGAUGUUUGCUGGCUUCAGUUUAUUACUGUGCCAUGUAAGAACGGACUUUUAGUCAGACUCUGUCUUGUGUGCCGUGGAAUACAUUUCAUCUUUAUUUAAAACUGUUUUUUAUAAGGAGGAACAGUGUGGUUUUGCACUUUUUUACAUCCAUGACACACCAGAUUGGUAAAAUUGUAUUUGCUUCAGUGAAUAAUAUAUAAUAAAACGUGUUUAAAUGAU